AUACGAGUCAUAAAAACAAUAAUUUACCUAUUUACGUAGAUUCUACCAACUACCAAUAAAAAUAUUUAGACUUUAUAUUAGACAAUUUUAUUUUUCUUUAAUGAGGGUAUUGUAGUACACAUACUAAAAUAUCUAAUCGUUUUCGUGUUUCCAAUAAUAUUUCAAUUGUAUCUUCUAUAUCUACUGUGAACAAUGGGUGACGGACAAAGCGAAAAUCAACCCUUACUGAGAGAUGAAGAAGUUAAUGUCAGCACGAUAUCUCCAAUUGGACCCGACGAACUCCCACCGCCUUACCAACAAGCUGGAAUGCCUAUGGUGACAUGCCGUGUAUGUCAGGCCAUGAUAGAUAUAUCGGGAAAAAGAGAGCAACAUGUUGUAAAAUGUUCUGAAUGCAAUGAAGCUACACCUAUAAGAAAUGCUCCCCCGGGGAAAAAAUAUGUGCGCUGCCCAUGCAAUUGCUUGUUAAUCUGCAAGUCUUCUUCUCAACGCAUUGCAUGUCCUAGAGCCGACUGCAAAAGGAUCAUUAACUUGGCACCAUCGCCUGUCACUCCUCCAGUACCCAUCUUACCUGGCAUGUGCAGGGUUAUUUGUGCACACUGUCAAGACACAUUUCUGUAUCAGCUAUUGAAAAAUGCUCCAGUACGAUGCCCUCAUUGUCGCAAAGUGUCAUCGGUGGGGUCGCGUAUGGCCCGCGUCAGGGGAACGAUAUUUGCAGUACUCGCAUUCAUAUUUUUAGCAAUCGCGAUCGGCGUCACUGUAGGAACAUUUGACAAAGCCAAGGAACACCAUGGUGUUUAUGUAGCAUAUGUUGCACUGUUCUUAAUCGCAUUUCUAUUGGGAAGCCGAGCUCUCUAUUACUUUGCUAUGAAAGUAAGUACAAUCGAGGGCCCAAUGUAAAAUGAACAACUAUAACAUUGGUAUUGUGAUAAUGACUAGGGAAUAUUAAAAAUUUCUCAAUUCCAUAUUACUAACAUUAUAUUUAUUUGGUUCUAUGCCAAUUAGAUAUAUUGUAUUAUAACCUUUAUUUGUAACGCAUGUAGAAUUAAGCUAAUCUAAAAAAUCGCUUAUCUCUUUUUGUUGAUCAAAAAUAUAUGAAAGAACUGCUCACGCCAAUAAACAUAUUAGUUUCGAUAAAUUGUAUUAAGUACUAAAUCUUUAAUAAAAUUUACUGUUAUUAUAAAGAUAGCUACUGGCUGAUAUUGUUUAAUGUUUAAUAAAAAAGAAAGAAUAUUUCAAAUUAUUGAUAAAGUAACGAAUAUAAUCCAAAUUAUUUCACACAAUCGUAGUCGUUGAUUUUAUCAGUUUACGAGAGUAGUAAUUAUUCAUAGAUGUCUAUAUUUAUCUUAAUAAUUCGCUUAUCUUGUGCAUAUAUAUGUUUUAUUGCUCUAGUAAAUCGAAUAAUAGAGCGAUAGGUUAGAAUAAUAAUGGCCAUAUAUCUUUUAUACGCUAAAAAUAAUCCCCCAUCAAAUGAAAAGUGGUGAUUCACGCUUAAUAAACAAACAAUACUGUGGAUGUGUUGGUUACUACUCCCGCGGACCAAGAUGCUAUACCUCUUGAGGCAAUGAUUGCACAGCUUUUCAUUUUUUAUACCAUAUAACAAAUUAGAUUUGCUGCUUAAAAUAAAUAAAAUAAUGAAACUUAGUAAAGCGAGUCGCAGCUAUUUGUUAAAGUAAAAAUUCUUUCUGGUACAUAAAUUGUUUAAAUUUAAUCCUUAGAUGCAUAAUUAAAAGAAUAUGAUAGUUCAGUAAGUUAAAUACCAGACAAAUAAUUGGCAAUUACCAAUUUCAAGUUCAUACACUUAUGUCCGUCUGUCUCUUAUUGGAGAAGACAAUAAAUAUACACCGAGUUAUAUUACAAUAUAUUUGACUUCAUUAUACGAUUGCAAUUGUACUUCAUUUACACAGAUAUAGUUUACAAUUGUAUCGCAUCAGACCAUCAAAAUUAUAUGUUCAUUUUUCAUCAGACACUAAGAACUCGAAUAGCACCCCAAAUAAAUCAUCACGCACAAUUCGCGGGAUUAGAGCACGAAGUAUAAAUUAGUGAUCAAUGCUGUCAAAUUUUAAGAUGUGAUAUAAGCCACUUACCAGUUGUGCGUGCACUUUUAAGCGGAAUUUGUCUUUCUGAGCGUUCAAAUUUUUAUUUUUUAUUGUAUAUUUAUGUACGUAUAUAAAAAUUUGUAUGUAUGUGUAAUAGAGUUGAAUGAGUAAUAGGGAUAAUUUAUGUUCGAUCACAUCGUAUUUGUCCUUAAAUUUAAUGACUAAUACAAUAAUUUAAUGCAUCCUUAAUGUUUAUUGAAUAGGUGCUGAGAUUAUUUUUUAUUUCAACGAAUUUAAUUCUUAUCCUGACAUUAUUAUGUGUGACAGGGUGUAAGAUCAUUGCAUCAUUGUAUAUAAAUGUUUCAUAUAUUUUAAUACUUAGACCACAUGUGAGGCCAAUGUCACUACCUAUGUGGGAUACUCAUUAUAUUAUAAUAUAUUUGAAGCAAAUGUAAUAUUUAAUUCGUGUUAAUUACUAAAGCUAUUGCCUUUGUACAUCCAAAAAGAAAACUUUCCAUAUAUUGUUGUUUGCAUAUACAUUGGAACUUAGUGAUAACGUUAAUUUACUAUUAUUAAUGAAAAAUUAAUUAUUUGAAUUAGGAAAUUAAAGAAUAACCUUGAUAUAGUGACAUGUUACUAAACCAGUUCUAAUAAAAAACCAAAUUUAUUUACUUUAAAUAACGUGAAUUCAAGUUAGUAUUGUGUCCAAUAUAUUAAGUAACCGCUUUAGUAUUGAUAUUGGUAUGCUAUUAAACUACCUUUUAUGUCCUAUAGUUUAAAAGCAUGAUAUAAUUUCUUUGUAUAAUAGUAGAUUGAACGAUCAAUGUAAUUACGAUGAAACUUGAAAAUUUAAAAAAAUAAAUGCAUUCAUUAUUCUCGAUAUUUACUAGACUUAAUCAAAAUUACUGUGUAAAUAUAUAAAAUUAGUAAUUAAAGGCUUAUAUGUAUAAUAAGAGGUGUCAUUUGUACGUAAUAUUUGCAAAGUGUACCAAGAGUAUAAAUGUUCUCGUGACGUAAACGAUUAAUUUAAAAAACUACUUUCGUACAAUUGCAUUAUCAAUAAUUUGUAUUACAUUACAAGAAAAUUUGUAACCUUGUGUAAGAACUGUUUUACAUUCACCUAAGAUCGAUUCUUAUAAUGAAAUCCGCAAUGGCUACUGUAAAUUUCUUUCUGUGCGUCCAAUGGCGUAGUGAUCAAAUAGUUUUUUCCCGUUGCAAGUAUAGUGUAUUUUUCAGUAUACCUCAGCCAAUAGAAUAAAAAAAAUCCUUAAAAAGGUUAACAUAUUUUACAGACAGCACCUCUUAUAGCACAAUUAUGUACCUUUAAGUACUUUGUUUGUUUCAUGUAUUGUCUUCUUUUUGUAUUCCUAUGCAAAUUUAAUAUAUAUAUAUAUAUGUGUGUUUUCAUUACAUAAGUACCUGUAAUAAGAAAUUCAGUAUAUUCAUUUUAUUCCCAAUGUUUUUAAGAUAAAAAAAUAUAAUACACGUGAGAAAUUGCAAUUGCAAUUUCUCAGUUUCAUAUGAACGUUUUAUAUAUGGAAAAUCUUAUGAAAAGCUAAAAAUGCAUGUGUUAAGAAUUGUAUUUUAUUUCAAAGUCUCAAUUUUUUAAUAACCGAGCUAAAAUGUUUUCGGAUCGUUAUCCUUUAAAGCAUGGUCGAUAAGACACUCUCAUUUGUUUAAUAUUCAUUAUAAAGUAAAUAAUUAUGUUUUAGAUAUUUGUCUGGCAAGUGGACUUCGGUUACUUGCCUAUUUUUAUUUGUAAAACUUGUACAUGUAUAUUACUCAUUAUUUAAAAUUAAAUUUUUAUUUUAUAUUAUUAGUGUUCCAAUUUAAUUUACUAGUUGUGCGACUCGUAAUUUUUAUAUCUAAAAAAGACUUCUAUAGAUAUAAAAACUAUCUUCAGCAAUGAUUGUAUAUGUGGAAUUUCACUAGGACAAUCUUUAGUUUAAUUUUUCAGCUAAGUGGGAUGAUAACAAUGCCAUUGUUAUAAAGAAUAAUAUGAUGCUUCUAUACAAAAAUUACAUUUAAAAUUGUCGAAGUAAAAUUAAAUAAGCACAGAUAUUGCAAGACAAAACAUAAAUGCAGCCGAAUACUUACCGAAAUUGAAAAGGAUCCGUAUUUAUAGACCUUAUAUUUAUAUACAAUUCUUAACAACUUUCUUUAUGUUUUACAACAAUGGUCAGAUUCGCUGGCUGGAAAUGAGUGUACAAUUUGAUUACUGGACUCUAUCUUCACUGCUGCUUUUUAGUCUAUAUAUCUUGAGUCAUAAAUAAUGUGUAAAGGGCUUUAGUCAAGACCUUGGUUGAGAAGCCUCGUAUAUUGUAGCCACUAGAUGAACUAAAGCGUUUUAUUAACGUAAUGAAUAAUGAAUAUUUAUGAAGGUCGUAAAAGUACGACUACUUUGAAAUCUCCAAAUCCGACGUUACUCUACUACAGCACUCUAAACAGUAAAUAUCUAAAUGAAUAAAAUUAUUUUGCAAAAAAGAUCUCAUUGCUAGAAUUAUCAAUUCGGUGCAGAAUUGCGUUUAUAUCACGUAAAAUAGGUGCCUAAGUUAAAAUGUUGCACUGACAACCUCUUCUUUUAAUUUCAUCAUCAACUUGAAUGUUAAAUAAGGUUAUAUCAAUUUGGACUGGACUCUCCUAUUAGCUUGUCUUUAUUUAAUUUUUUAUUUGUGUAGUCUAUCUAUAUAAAUAAAAAUUAAAUGCUAAUGUUUGUUGCUACGUCAAAUACAAACUGCUAGACUAAUUUGGAUUGGCAAAGAAAAAAUUUGAAAGGAGAACAAAUUAAAUAACAUCGAAAAAAAAAACAAUCAAUAACGGGCUUCUCAAAAGUUGUAGAAAAUAUUAAAAUAUUAUCUGAAUGUCUACGACUCACCUAUUAUUAUAUUUAUUCAACUUAUUAACCAAAUGAUUACUUGUUUUGUGUUCAUUAAUGACUGUUUGUUGUGUAAUUAAGCAUUAUUAUAGAUAUUUGAAUUUAGAAUCCUUAUAUUGUCUCCUACACAAAUCAUAAAUAUGUGACAUGCACAUGUGAAUAAUAAUGCACAUAAUUAUGUAAUGUAACUUUUAUAUCAAAAUUGCAUGUAGUAUUCCACCAAAUAUAAACGUCACUAGAGUUCGAUAGGUAACUCGGGCUGAGCAUAAAAAGCAUAAUACAUGCGCUCUAUACCUACUAUCGUUCGGUUUAUUCUGAAUCAUUUUAUGAAUACGUGUAUAUAAGUGACUUAUAGCUGCCCUAGAUAUUUUAAAAUACCGUACAUAAAUUAACAUAAUUUGUGAAUGUAGUACCUUAAUACAAAUUUUCAUGUUCAAGUUCAAUCAGCCUAAAUAUAUAUUUAUAAAUUUAUCUUUGUAUAAGAGAAGAAAAUAUACGUAUUCGCAAUUACAUCAAGUGACAAUAAUUAAAAGUUAUUAGACAAGAAAUAAUACAUUUUGUGUCUUGAAAACAAAGAUGUAACCUCUACCUUUCUUAAUCAUAUUAGAAUAAAGAAAAUAGUUUUAAAAUUUCACAGUACAGCAUUCUAGACAUUUUUAUUUGGGAAAAUUGAAAGGAUUUUUUAAAUACCUAUUAAAAUCAUUAUGAGUUGUACAAAGAUUUACGUUACUGUUAUUAUAUUAUCAUGUUUACGUCGAAAGCUUUUUAUUAAAAUUAAGUUUUCGAAACUAUCCGUUAGAAAUUCAAUAUAAAUUUUCGACAUAAAUGCCAAGCAAUAUAAAUCUGUGUUAAACUCAUACUAGAGUUGUUCAUUUGGUAAGUAGGUAAUAUAUAUUUAAUAGUUGUGCAUUACUUUUGAAUCAUUUGGCUAUAAAGUAACUAAAGUGAUUUGGAUAAAAAAAAAUUGUAGCCACAUUUUACUCGAAAUCCGCUAGCCAUAAUAAUAUUACUAAAAUCCAUCUAUAGGUACUUGAAUUAUAAUUAAUGAUUUAAAUAAAGUGAAAGCGUCUCCAUUAAUUUCCAUCUAUACCUAUAAAGUAAUAUAAGCUAAAGGAAUUAUUAUAAAGUAGGUACCCUAGUCUAUCCAAAAAUUUGACCACUCCGUGUUUUUCAUUUCUUUCAGAUGUGAUAUAUAUUAUUAAGUGUCUAGUUAUUACUUAUAUGAAAUGCAAGAUUAAAGUAUUUCGAACAUUCUAUCUAAAAAUUAUUUUUAGUUAGUGUAUAUUAUAUAAUUUUCAUGUCAGGCUUUACAGCGUGUAUUUUUAGUUUUAAGUUAAAUAAAUGGUAUAUAAUGCAAAUAA